GCUCUCUACUCGUCUACUUUUACUGGUGCCACAGCUGCAGCUUGUCAAUAUAAGCACCUUCGACCGCACAGGAACACUGUCUCAAUAAAUGAACCUGACUGAGAUCGCGACAACGACAACAAAUGACUCGGACCAGCUGGAAGGGGUUAGAAUCGAAGGGAAAUCCCAGACGGAUCGGACACUGACCAGUAGUGUAAUCGCGUAUCUGGCUGAUAUGCGUAAGAGAAGAUGCUCUGCGGUGCAAUAAUAGUAUCUAAUAGACGUGGAGUAAUUUAGGAUAGAAAGAGUGGGUUGGAUUGUUGACCAGGAUUUGAGGCAUGUGAGAGUAUCUCUUUCGAGACCAUUCCUUUAAUUAAUAUGUCAGAUUCGGACUCCGUGUGGACUGACGGAAUUGUUCCUGACUUUCCAGUCAUCACUGGAUUGCAUUCAACAGAGCUAGAGCGGCUAAAACUAAUUGUAGUUAAGGGAACUGUAACAAAGACAAAUUUAACAUUUAAUGAACUUCAGCGUCUAGGUCGGAGUAGUGAAGGUCUUGUUCAUGAUGAUGUAAGAAAGUUUCUUUGGCCGAAACUGUUAAGGUUACCAAAUGAGGAGCUCAAUAUGCUUGGAAAGGACCUUGAAAGUGUACAUAAACUUAUAGAUGAUGAAAUAUAUCAACAAAUACUAAAAGAUGUAGCUCGUAGUGGCAGUCAUAUGCCUGAAGAUACCUCAGAGGAUGCCAUGGGGAAGUUCCACAAGGAAUUAACACAGAUCAUAUGCUGGGUACUCUCAAGGCAUCCAGAAUUAAACUAUUACCAAGGUUAUAAUGAUGUGGCUGCAACAGUUUUGCUAGUCAUGGGCCUGCAUCAAGGAUUACAUGUUCUAGAAAAGAUAUCCCUAACGUUUUUAGAAAGAUUUAUGGAGAAAACAAUGGAAAAAGUCAAUCAAGAACUUUUUUACAUAUUUGCAUUACUGGAUAGAGAGCAUCCAAAACUUUUGGAGCAUUUGGAAAACGUAGAAUUAUUUCCUCAUUUUGCUCUGGCUGAGUAUACCACAUGGUAUGCUCAUAAAUAUGCCGAAAACAGAAAAUUACUUCACAGACUGUUUGAUUUCUUUCUCGGAAGUCCACCCCUGAUUCCAUUAUAUUUAAGUACCAAAAUCGUUGCAUAUAGAGAUAAGGAGAUUUUUAAUACAACGCCUGAUAUGGGACAUACUCAUAAAGUUCUUAGCACGUUACCUGAUGAUUUGCCAUUUGAAAAACUACUUUUUCAUUCUACGAAACUGUACCAACAGUAUCCUCCAGAGUCGAUAGAUAACGACGUCCGGGAUUUCGAUUACAGAAGAAGACGAAAAGAACAAGAAUGGAGAAACAAAACUGAAGCGAUCCGUUUAGAGCGCGAACGACAAAGAAAAUUAAAAGUAGCUCGCACACAACCGCGUAUCCCAUAUCGUUUAAAAAGUUACAAAACUAUUACAGUUGUUACUAUCUUAGCCCUUGGUUUGUAUGCGUUUUUAAAAAGCUCCUCAGGGCUCAACUGACAUUAGCCCAACUUUUUUGUUUUGGUUACCAUUUGAUUACAUUACUCUUUGUGCAUUAUCAUUUUUUUUUUUAUUUUGGAAAAAUUAUUUUGUUCAGAAAUUUUGUAGAAUAAAACUUUACAAAACGAUGUGCUGAACUGUAAUUAUAAUGCAUGCAAAUCAAAAUUAUAAUUAUCUUUUAUGUGAUUUACAGAUCUUUUAAAAUUUUAAACGGAACUUUGUUCCUCUGUUGCACUUUCUGAAGAUAAGUUGUACAAUAUACUUUAUAAGAGUGAAUGUCGGCAGGUGCUUGUGUGAUAAAUGUUUUAGGAAAAAUCUUGAGCAUUCCUCUGCUGCCUUUAUAAAUCUGUUCAGUCAAGAUGAACACUAAACAUGAGGUGUAAAAUUUAUAUAUAUACAUCACUUCCGCUCCAAAUAUAUCACAUUCAUUGAAAUGUGUAUCAAUGACAGUGCAGUGGAAGUAGAGCUAAAUACUUUUUAUGUAUGUAAAACCUAGAUAUACAAUGAUAUAUUCUGCGAAAAAUAUUGUACGUAAUGUAUUUAUAAUAGAUUAUCAAUGUAUGAAAAAUCAGUAUAAAAGUAUUUAUUGUUUAUUAAAAAUUUGUUUUCUUAAA